AUGAAUAACAUUAGUCUAGCCGGAUCGACGGCCUCGCCCGUCGCCGCGCCGGAUAUCGAAGAUGAGCCCGAAUUGUGGGAAAGUGAGUAUACGGUAACGGGGGUCAUAUUUUGAUCUUAUAAUUGUAACUUACAUCGCUCGAAAGAUAAAAUUAUGGAGACUCAAAUUUCAGCAUGGUGCUAUGGGAUGGCGAUCAUGACGAUUACGUGUGUCAGCAGUCCCCUUGGCAUCAUCAUGGUGCCUUUGUUGAGCAAAGCCUUGUACGAACGAUGCAUGACUUUCCUUGUUGCGUUGGGCAUUGGCGCGAUGUCUGGUUCCUGUUUAUUUAUCCUUCUUCCUCAUGUAAGGCAUCUUUCUAGGAAUUUAACGUCCCAAAGUUAUCAGUCUGUCGGGAAAAUAAUGUGGAUUCGUCGCGCAUUGGAAUCGCCCAUCAUCGCCCUGCGACGGCCAGCUGCGGCUGAAGAUUUGACGAGCGACGGAAACGAGGCGAGACAAUUUGUUGCGACAAAUCCACAUUAUUUUUCCGACAGACUGGUAUGAGAUUUUUUUUUUAUUUUUUUAUUAUUUCAGUCCUUUAACAUCACCGAAGUGACAUCUAUAGAUUACCUUCAAAAGUGUUGGCUCAUUGUGGGGGCGUUGUAUGGAUUCUUUGCCAUCGAUCGCCUGUUACAAUGUCUUUUGGAGCUACGAAGAGUAUGUUUCGUAUCAGAUUAUCUAAAUUUUAUGUUCAGAGAAGACAAAACAAAGCCAGGAUACAUGCAACUACUUUGAGAAUGUUAUCUCAUGAUCAUAAAGAUGUGGAGAAUGUUCAAUUCAAAAUUAAUGGCAAUUCAAAACAUAAUCAGGAUAACAUGGAGAAGGAUAUCGAGAAAAUUAAGGAUGAAAUUGAUGUUUCCAUGCUGUCAAACACUUUAGCUAGAACGGUAAUUCCAAUUAAUUUUAAUCUAAUGCAAAUAUACACCUUUAAAUCUACUAAUUUUAUGUAAUACAAAUGCAUUAUGUAAGCCUGGUCUUGACAUUUCGCUUUAGUUCUCAACCCGUCGUCGAACCGCGGUAAUAAAAUCAGAACCCAUCGACAAUGUCCAAUAUCAAUCUCCAAAUGGUUCAGUCCUCGAAGUAGAUGUCCAUAGUCUCGCAUCAAGACCUUGCAGUAGACAGCAGAGUCGCCUUCCAUCUCCGGCAACAUCCCCAGCUCACUCUCCAGCCACUACUCGUACUACCAAAAUGAAGGAUUCACCGACUUCGGAUUCAUCGUCAGAACAACUAGAAGUGGCUGUAGAAGUUCAUGAGAGGAAAGUUGUGGACAAAAAAGAGUUGGAAGUGGCCAGUGUCGCUUAUAUGAUUAUAUUUGGGAGUGCUGCCAACAACUUUGUCGAUGGAAUGUCAAUUGGCGCGGCUUUUAGCGACAGUGUCAUCAGAGGAGUCAGCAUUGGAAUGGCCGUGGUCUCUCAGCAAUUCCCUCAGGAGUUGGGUAAGUGCAAUAUUAGUAUUUGGAUUGAAAAUAAACGUUUCCAAUCAUAGUUCAAUUGUUUACUUGCUGGUUUCAGGUACUCUUGCCAUUCUAAUAAACUCCGGCUUGGGUUUGAAGAGGACAUUACUGGUCCAGAUCAUCCCCAUCAUCAUGAGCUAUCUCGGCUUCGGCGCCGGGGUUGUUCUGGAUAACUUGGAUGACAGUUACGACUCGUUCAUCUUCUCCAUCUCCGCCGGAAUGUAUUUGUACAUAUUUUUGGGGACCUUGGUAAGUUAUAAAUAGUUUUCUAGCAAAGCAAUUAUAAAAACCUUGCUCAACAUUAUCUAAUCGUUGGGCUGUAACCUGAUCCUUUUUAGCUUCCUGAGAUCCGAGAUGCGUUCAACGAACUUCUGAAGAACGAUCUGAGUGAAGCCCUGUUGACCACCGUCCUUCAAUUCACGGGUAUCAUGUUUGGGACAACCUUCAUGUUUUUGAUGAACGUCUCCAAUGAUGAGAUUUGA